CCGCCCCGGCUGCCGCGCCGCGCCACUGCCACUGCCUCACUCGCCCCCGCCUUUGCCGUCGCCACCCGCCUGCAGGCUGCCAGGCGGGCGGUCCAGCCAGCCCCAGCUCUAAGCGGCUGCAGCCGCAGCCUGGGAGCGCUGGGCACGCGGGAAUCUACGGAGCUAGUGGACCCGAGCGGGCGGUCAGGCGCUUGCCUGGCUGGUGCCUUAGCUACCGUCACUGCUACUGCUCUGGAGCGUAAGACCAGGUACCCCGGGCACCCGCCACUGCCACUGAUGUGGCCAGAGCACUUUUAACCGGGAGGGAGGGCCAGGGAGCCGCGCAGCAGCCCACAUCGAGAGAGCAGCACAGCUUAGAGCCGCGACACGCAGCGAGCAGGGACAGACGGCUGCCAGCCGCCGCUGCUGCCACCCGGCCGCUAUGGAUCUAUUCGACUUUUUCAGGGAUUGGGACUUGGAACAGCAGUGUCACUAUGAACAGGACCGUAGUGCACUUAAAAAAAGGGAGUGGGAACGGAGAAGUCAAGAAGUUCAACAAGAAGACGAUCUCUUUUCUUCAGGCUUUGAUCUUUUUGGGGAGCCCUACAAGGUAGCUGAAUAUACAAACAAAGGGGAUGCUCUUGCUAACCGAGUCCAGAACACUCUUGGAAGCUAUGAUGAAAUGAAGGAUCUGCUAACUAACCAUUCUAGUCAGAAUCAUCUGGUGGGCAUCCCGAAGAAUUCUGUGCCCCAAACACAUAUCAGCAAAAGUGAAGCAAGCUUUUAUCCAGAACAAAAGAAUCGAAUAAUCCCCCCUCACCAGGAGAAUAUCCACUCCUCAGCACCAAUGCCUCCACCUUCAGUCGUAAUACUGAAUUCCACUCUAAUACACAGCAACAGAAAAUCGAAACCUGAAUGGCCACGAGAUAGUCAUACCACUAGCCCUGGACAACCAAGCCAGGCCAGUAGUCAGCCAAACAAGAUGCAAACAUCCACACAGGAUCCACCUCAAACCCGACUGGAAGAUUUCUUUGUCUACCCAGCUGAGCAACCCCAAAGCGGUACAGUUGAAAAAUCGAAUCCAUCUGCAAAGGAAGAUAAUAACAAAUCUGGAGAAGAUGCUUUCAAAGAAAUCUUUCAGUCUAAUUCACCAGAAGAAUCUGAAUAUACAGUGCAAGCACCUGGGUCUCCCCUAGUUGCCUCUUCUUUAUUAGCUCCAAGCAGUGGCCUUACAGUCCCAACCUUCCCAUCAGGACUUUACUGCAAAACAAUCAUGGGGCAACAAAAGCCAACUGCAUAUGUAAGACCCAUGGAUGGGCAGGACCAGGUAACUGACAUCUCUCCAACACUGAAACCUUCCAUUGAAUUUGAGAACAGCUUUGGAAACCUCUCCUUUGGAUCACUGUUGGAUGGGAAACCCAGUACAACCAGUUCAAAGACCAAACUGCCAAAGUUCACAAUCCUGCAAGCAAGUGAAGUAAGCCUUCCCAGUGAUCCAAGCUGUGUUGAGGAAAUCCUGCGGGAAUCUCAGCACCUGACUCCAGGAUUCACCUUACAAAAGUGGAGUGACCCAACCAGCAGAGCUUCUACAAAGAUGCUUGAGGAUGACCUGAAGCUGAGCAGUGAUGAAGAUGACCUUGAGCCUGUGAAGACCUUGACCACUCAAUGCACAACCAAUGAGCUCUACCAGGCUGUUGAAAAGGCAAAACCCAAGAAUAAUCCUGUAAACCCACUCUUGGCCACAUCACAGGCUCCACCUGUGGCCCAAGCAAAUGGGGGGUCUGGCAGCUCCAGUGAGUCUGAGAGUAGUUCAGAAUCGGAUUCAGACACUGAAAGCAGCACUACUGACAGUGAAUCCAAUGAGGCUCCUCGAGUGGCCACUCCAGAGCCUGAGCCACCCUCAACCAACAAAUGGCAGCUAGACAAAUGGCUGAACAAAGUCACAUCCCAGAACAAGUCAUUUAUUUGUGGCCAAAAUGAGACACCCAUGGAGACCAUUUCUCUGCCUCCUCCAAUAAUACAACCAGUUGAAGUCCAGGUCAAAGUGAAACCAAAUCCCAGUCAGACUGUGACUGGACCCAAAGAAAGACCUCUCCUCAGCCUCAUUAGGGAGAAGGCUCGACCAAGGCCCACUCAGAAAAACCCAGAAACAAAGGCUUUGAAACAUAAGUUGUCAACAACAGUUGAUACAGUUUCUCAAAGGACAAAUGGGAAGAAACAGCUCAAAAAGGUUGAGAAAAAUACUAACUUUGAGGAGUUUACCUGGCCCAAAGCAAAUAUUACCAGCACCACUUCCAAAGAAAAGGAAAGUGUGGAGCUUCCUGAGCCACCUCGAAGCCGCAACAAAGCCACUGCCCAUAAACCAGUCCCUAGGAAAGAGCCGAGGCCUCAUGCCCCCUCCGCCACUGAGAAGAAGAAGUAUAGAGGGCCUGGAAAGAUUGUGCCAAAGUCCCGGGAAUUCAUUGAAACAGAUUCAUCUACAUCUGACUCCAACACAGACCAGGAAGAGACCCUGCAGAUCAAAGUACUGCCUCCUUGCAUUGCUCCUGGAAUUAACACUUCUAAAUCUAAGGAUACUUCUAAUGCCAGCCUGACCCUCAGCACCUUGACCAGCAGCAGCAGCAGCAGCAGCAGCAACUUAUCCACCAGCAAUGAAGAAACAGCAUUUUCACCUCCUUCUGCCACGCAAACUGAGCUUUUGUCCCCUCUACAAGAUCAUGAGAAUCCAAAAAACCUCUGGGUGAAGAUUAACCUUGAUUUACUUUCGAGAGUACCAGGCCAAAACACAGUCUUAGCAGUACCUGCCAAGACAGAUCACAAGGAGACUGCCUUGAAACCCAAGCGUCAAACUGCUGGCACUGCCGCUGAAAAACCUGCCCCCAAGGGCAAGCGUAAGCACAAGCCAGCAGAAACUGCAGAGAAAAUCCCUGAGAAGAAGCAACGCCUGGAGGACAACACUACUCUCUGCUUACUUCCUCCUUGCAUUUCUCCAGCCCCACCCCAUAAGCCUCCCAACGCUAGAGAAAAUUCAUCCAGGAGAGGAAACAGGAAAAAAGAAGAAAAGCUAUUUCCUCCUGCACUUUCCCCACUCCCAGAGGACCCUCCACGGCGCAGAAAUGUCAGUGGCAACAAUGGGCUCUUCAGUCAAGACAAAAACAUCUCCAUGGCAGGACAACUCACAUCUACCAAGCCUAAGAGAAGCGAAGGCAAAUUCUGUGCUACUUUCAAAGGGAUAAGCAUAAAUGAGGGAGAUGCUCCAAAAAAGGCUGCCUCUGCCACCAUUACUAUCACCAAUACAGCUAUUGCCACUGCCACUGUCACUGCUACUGCUAUUGUCACUGCCACUGUCACAGCUACUGCCACUACCACUGCCACGGCCACCACCACAACCACCACCACUACUAUUUCCACCAUCACCUCUACAAUCACUACUGGCCUAAUGGAUAGCAGUCACCUGGAGAUGACAUCCUGGGCAGCCCUGCCCCUCCUGUCCAGCAGCAGCACCAAUGUCCGGAGACCCAAGCUCACUUUUGAUGACUCUGUUCACAAUGCUGAUUUUUACAUGCAAGAGGCUAAGAAGCUGAAACACAAAGCCGAUGCACUGUUUGAGAAAUUUGGCAAAGCCGUGAAUUAUGCUGAUGCAGCCCUCUCCUUCACUGAAUGUGGCAAUGCCAUGGAACGUGAUCCUCUGGAAGCAAAGUCCCCAUAUACCAUGUAUUCAGAGACUGUGGAGCUCCUCCGGUAUGCGAUGAGGCUGAAGAACUUUGCAAGCCCCUUGGCUUCUGAUGGGGACAAAAAGCUAGCAGUAUUAUGCUACCGAUGUUUGUCACUUCUCUAUUUGAGGAUGUUUAAACUGAAGAAGGAUCAUGCUAUGAAGUACUCCAGAUCACUGAUGGAAUAUUUUAAGCAAAAUGCUUCAAAAGUCGCUCAGAUACCAUCUCCUUGGGGAGGCAAUGGAAAGAACACUCCAUCCCCAGUGUCUCUAAACAAUGUUUCUCCCAUUAACACAAUGGGAAAUUGUAACAAUGGUCCUGUCACCAUCCCCCAGCGCAUCCACCAUAUGGCUGCUAGCCAUGUCAAUAUUACCAGUAAUGUGCUCCGGGGCUAUGAACACUGGGAUAUGGCUGACAAACUGACAAGAGACAAUAAAGAAUUCUUUGGCGAUCUGGAUACACUGAUGGGGCCUCUGACCCAGCACAGCAGCAUGACCAAUCUAGUCCGCUAUGUUCGCCAGGGACUGUGUUGGCUGCGCAUCGAUGCCCAUUUGUUGUAGUGGGCACUCUCCCAGCUCUAGCAUUAACCCCCUACCUUUACCAGUGCCUGGACGGUCACUGGUGGAACUCCACUCAUUUGGGAAAGUUCUCUUUCGUUAUGUUUGUUUUUAUGCAUUUUUGAUGUCUGCAUAAAACUGAAGUCAUUGUUAGUGGACACUACAACUUGUGAGAACUGUAUGUUUUUUUAUAUUUGAUAUGCAUUUCUCAUAUCUCAUUAUUUUUGUGCUUUAUGGAAUCUAAAUUCCUACAAUAUUGAUUUAAAUCCACAUGAUUCAAAACAAAGAAUUAGAAGCACAUGUGAUGAUGAGAGGUUCCUGAGAACUCAAACAAGCGGUCUAAUAUACAUGUGAACAAGGGACCUGCAGAGAUUUCAGCAGUGGCCAUUCCCCAAACUAUGCUCUUGGGUCCAGAAAAGAAUGUAUUUCAGAAUCCACUGUUAAACAUUAUCUGUGAUUCUCACAAACUAAAUCUUCACAUGAGAAUCUCCAUUAUCACAACUCAUAGAUUUUGUAUUUUAACUAUAUUAUAAAAUCAGGAGUAGCAAGAAAAGUACAAGCAUAAGAAUUCUACUAUUGCAACCAGAACACUCUUUUGUUAACAUCCUGUUAAUGAUUACCUAUUUUCCUACUAUUUUAAUGGUGAGAAGGAGAAGUAACAUUUGGAUAACUUUAUGGCAUCAGGUCAACUCCUUACCUGGGAUUCUCUUUGUGCAAAGUUCCUUUUACAAGGAGCAGUUUGACAGAUGCACAUCUUAGUCAUCAAAAUAUCACACUCAUCUUAGACUUGAGAAGUCAGACUGGACUGAAGGACAGCCCUCAAAGAAUUUCUUGCCUCUGCCUCAUUUGUAGCCAGUAGGCAAAUCUUUAAUGUCAAGUAUUUUCAUAGAUUUGCAUAUCAAAUGUGUGAAAUCAAAAGUCAAAUUAUCACUUCCUAGAAUUAAUAACGUACAAUUAGUUUCCUAAUGUCCUCUCUAUCUGGACUUUCCAAAUAUUAUCCAUAUUUUCUAGAACUUUUUUCCUUUUCCCACUCUGUUAUUAUUUCUUCCAGGAGAUCAUGGCUAAAAUACAAUCACUGAUUCUUAUUAAAGUUUAUAUUAUUAUGAAUCAUUUACAUGAAAAUUAGAAAGAAAACACUAAACUCUGUAAGUAAAACCUAACUCUUCUUUUUAAAUGACAAAAAUCUUGGGGUAGUGCUUCACCCUGGGACCCUUACAAAUUCUCCUGAAGUUUGGGAACAGUUCAGCUAAUGUGGAGCUUUUCCUUAUGAAUUAUGACUAUCUCUCCUUUUGAUCCUCUACUUUCAUCUUAUGUCCCUAAACAUCACCCUGUAAAUAUCCUCUUCAGUGUUCCAGCCCACCAGAAAAAUGUCUCCAGAAAUAGUAAACACUAUACAUUCAUUAGUUACUUCUAAUUGCCUGCUGGCAUAUAAUUCCAUGUAACCUUUAUUCUGCUGAGUUAUUGAAUUCUCUUCACUAAGUUAUGACCAGAUAAAUAAUAGAUACGUACAUGAAGGACGCAAACUUGUAUGAUUUCUACAGCAAGUUAUGCAGGUCUGUGAUUAAAAACAGCAGGCAAUCACUCUGUACUCUCAUUGGAAAGGUUAGGUACUUCCGCAGUUGCAAAAGAGCCAGAUUUGAGUUCUGCUCUAAUCAUUUUUGAGUUUAAGGCCCUAUGUUGUAUAAUAAAGUUAUGGGAGUUGCAUUGCAAUUGCUAAAGCCAUGCUGUUUCUACAGGUGAUAUGUGCACCCUAGCUGCCGAAGCCUAAACUAUUUCUGCUCCCAAUGUGGUUGAGCUCUAAGUCUACAGUUUCAACAACAACACUUACAUUUAUACACACACACAAAUGAAACCUAAACCUUUUCUAUGCCUCUUAAAUGAGGAAAAUGAAAACGUGAAAGACAAAACACCACAGAUGGGUGUCACAUGAAAUAAAUGAGCUGAUGACUUUCAGUAACUCCAGUUCUCUGUUUUCCAUGGCCUACCUGGAAUCUUUCCUGGUUAUUGCUUUAUAAUGAUACCUACUGGCUUGACUUGUAAAUUAAACCUAGUCCACAAUCCUAGGCCAUCCUAGAUUUACAUACAGAUUCUUUUUGAAGUUAAGUUUCCAGAAACUAUAAAUUAUAAUGGUAGGGGCAGUUUUCCAUAGAAACAAGCAAAUUGCCACAUAGGGAAAAGACUUGUAGCUCUAAUUUUCACAACUUGUUUUAUCUUCUUAUAUACAACAGGGAGGCAAGAAGAUGCUCUGUCAUCUAUGGUGGCUGAAUAAAAAGUGUCAUGUCAGCAGUAUGAUUAUCAAAUGUGGCAAUUGAGCUCUGGAUCACCAACUGAUUAUUUAGUAGACCCACUUGUAGAAAUGAAUUAAACAUGGAGGAUGAAUGGAAUAUCUUCCUAUCCCUGGAGAUGGGGUGUCUUUGGUUUCCUUAUUAAGAAUUUUUACUGUUUCCUAGGCACUCUGGUCAUCACAGUACAAAUGGUGAUGUUCAUCAUGGGUGUGUAGCUAUCUGCACGAUUGAAAGAUUGAGGACUUUGUCAAGGGAAUCUCUUCAGUAUACCAGUUAAGUGGGAGGGAUAUGAGAAAUAUGGAAGGCAGUAACAGAUUGUGCCUUUGGAUAUUGGUGGAGGCUUAGUGAGCCACAUCCAAACAAGUCUGUGCAGGUGUGGUGAUGGGCAGAGUAAUAGACAGCGCCCCUGCCAAACAAAUACAAGAAAUAAGCACAGUCCUACAACUAGGUAGGGCCAGCACUAUGCCUUCAUUUAUCACACAAGUUCCAACUAUAGAGAGUCAGACAAGUUUGUGUUAUGAUGUUGGCUUGGUUUUGUACCUUUAAUUAGCUUUGGAUUUUUUAGUGGUUUUGUCAUAUUACUGUCUGAGUUUUGUAGGUAGGAUUAAUUUGAAAAGAGUUUGGUAGUGUGGUCCUUGGGGUAGAAUUUACUUGUAAGCAUGUUGUUAGCCAGCAUAUAGACUGUUAAUUGCCUAAUAAUCUCAUUGGGAAAAGCUAGUAGUUUUAUAUUCAGACAACAUAAUUGGAAAAAGGAGACAAGCUUCUGCAGCUUUUUAAAUAGUUAUGGUUGAUAUAUCUUUUUUCUUUCAGGUAGUGAAAUGAAAAGAUCCAAAUCUUUAGUCAAAAGUAGCAAAAUUAGAUACCAUUGCCUAAAAUAUGUUUUGUUGAGUUUCCAAGUGGAUGGAUGGUUAAACACAUUGGAUUUGGUCUGCUUUGGAAAGAUGCUAGUUGUACUAUACCUGAAGCUAUCUAAAUCAGAUUUUGUUUUAUCUGAAGUUGGAUCCCGGAGGUUGAAGUUAGAGUUUGAAGUUGAAAAUCACUUUUGAAGGCAGACUUGAUUAAGUAUUAAGGGUCAAGCCCUUACUUCCUUCUCAACAGACAUAAUAAAAUUCACCUGCAUGAGUUAGCAGGUGGGAGAACCAAACUGGAUCACUGGGUAGGACUACUCAGUAAAGCAAUGAACUGCUUGCUUAGAGAAGCAUCACUAUCCCCACUGAGAAAAAUGUGUGGCAAGUUGAAAUAGCUACACAAUAUCUAACAAAUGGGUGAUUCAGUGCCCCCAAACUCUACUCUGUGGGGAAAAAUAUUGAGCCAGUUGUCAGGGUUCUGUUACAACUGGCAGACUCAAUUCUUUGUCAUUGUUGUUCUUGUUGUUGCUGUUGUUGUUUCACAUUUCCACUCGCACAGCCUUAUUCUCAUAAUUAAACUCUGAUUCAUUCUCUUUGGUGUUAGCAAACUCCAGUGACAGAAAUGGCAUCUGUGUAUUGAUAAUCAACAUUUACCCUGGCAGGGGACUAAUCAGAUAGGCUGUUCUCAGACGUUAAUCCUACCAUCUGAUAUUUCCAGCAAAAGAGAAAGUGUUAGUUCCCUUUCCAUUCCCCUCCUCAUGAAUCUAGAAGCCCUCUGUACCAAGAGCAUCACAUUUUCCUCUGUAAUCUUUUAACAAAAAGAAAACUGCAUUGUGGGGAGGGCAGA